AUGAGAAAGCGACUAUGGGAAAUGACGCGUGACAACACGGAUUCUACGCAGAAGAUAUAUGAGUCAACUUCGAUGAGUACCGCUAGAAAGCAACGAAAUCGAUCCGCACAUCAAACUGAUUUGGACACAGUGAUUAAGCUAGCCGAUAAAGAUCCUGAAUCUUAUGACAUCCUUUUAGAUGCGAUAUAUGGAGCGUCAAAAAAAGAUAUCAAACUCCUGAUUGACGCGGACAAGACUGGUGGGAAUCAAGUUUAUAACAUCUUGAAUGACCGUGGUUCGGCUUUCCACAAUCAUUAUGCCAAUACUUGUAUAAAGCCUUUCAAUUUUUGGUUAUCAGUAGUGCGCGGUCUUCAAAGUAUACAAUCAAAUACAGGGAACAAACCAUCUUCUGAUCACGAAAGUUGUGUUCGAAAACAAAAGGCUGAGGUCCAGAAAUCGAUUCGAAAAUGGGAUGCAGCUCUUGAAGUGGAUAAGUCCAAGAGAGAUACCAAUACUGAGAAUGUCAAAGGAAAAUUCUGA